AUGCCUGCACACUCUGCAAUCUCAAGGACGUCUACAGGCUCGGAAGCGAGGGAGGGCAUGAGGCGGCGAAUCCAGCUGGCUCAGCCAUGCGGGGAGGCAGGGGCGGAGGGCAGAGGUGGGGAAGGUAGAGAGGGGGAAGGUUACAGAGGCAGAAGCGGGUCUGAUGCACAGCCCGGGAGACAAGGGGUUUGCGCAGAGCCUGGGGGGGUUGGUAGGGCUGGGUUUGGAAACACAGUGCCAGCACGGGAGGAGGCAGAAUUAAGGUGCGGGAGUGGUGCAGAACGGUGCAACGAGGCGCAGAGAGUGGGGCUGCGUCUGCAAGGGGAGCAUGCAACAGAGCUGGACCGCAGGUUGGAGGCAGCCCUACGGUCCGGUGACCACACAGCAGCGCUGCGGGUGAACGAGGCGAUUAUCAGAAGGGAGAGCGCGCGCCGGCAGAGACAGGCAGAAUGGCACAUGCAGCUUGCAGCGAGCUUGCAGGAGCAGGAAUCGGCGCGGCGCAAGAAACGGCAGCGGCUGAAUUGGGGGAUGGAUGUGCUGCGCAAGUCAGAAGGGAAGGGCAACAUGUCCUCUGUUGCAAGAGCAGACAGGUCCACCGGCGUGACCGCCGCGACAGUGGUGGCGGCACGGGCGAGGUUAUUUGGGGAGCGCUUUCGAUCUCCUGGUAGCGCAUCGUCGGUGUGGCGGUCCGCCGCGCUGCGCGGGCAUACGACGCGGCGCGAGCGAGGCGGUAGAGGGCCGCGCGGAGUUACAGUGACGGCCACGUGUAAGCCUCUCGAUGGGCGGGAAAGGGGAAACUUCCCGGGGGGAGGACGACCGGCGACGGGAAGAAGUUUUGGGGAGGAAUGGGACGUGGUGAGUUGCGGCGUGGACCGCGCGUUCACGGAGCUGGCGGAGUUGGAUAAGUCGCCCGGGAGCGACGGGCGGCAGGUGAUCAACGUGCCCGAGCUCUACACCGGCAUCCUCAUUGUCUACGACAAAGUGAACCAGCUGGUGCCGGGGAUGCACAUCAAACCGCCCUCCAAGAAGCAAGUUCUUCAGCUCGUGCAGGAUUACGACAUCAACCACGACGGCGUGUUGGACAGGGAGGAGUUUGGCAAGCUCGUGCGACACUUCGCACGCACUGUCGUGGCGCGAGUGCUGAUCAACGUCCUUCUCAUCUUCUCUCUCGUUCCCUUGGUGGUGUCGAUUGCUAGCAACCUGGCGGAAACGUUUGGAUGGGAACUACCUGAAGCGAUCGCUGCAACUGUGCUCACGUUGCUCGUAAAAAUGGUUGGAGUGUGA